GAAUCAGCCAACCGUGUCACCGCUCCUAUUACGAUAUUUGAUUAUGUUCAAAAGGGAACAAUUACAAUCGCAGUAUCCCUUUUUCAUCACUAUUAAUCAUUCAUUGCAACAAAAUACUAAUUGAAAAAUGUCUACUGUUGAACGUGUUGAAGAUACAAUUGCGCAAACGGAGGCAGUGAUCUUGGGCGUCGCCUUAGAGACGGCGAAUGAGGUCGUAGCUGCUGCAGCAGAAUCAACGUUGAAAGCGGUACGCACCGCGCGAGACGAACGCUUCCAGCUGCGCUUGGAUUUCACCGAUAAUGAAAACAUCACUGCAACAACCAUCAAGCGAGCAGCGAUAAGAAGCUACUUGGAUUUUAGAACCUGCCCAGUCAAGAGGAGCAAUAUCAUCCUUGGCUUCAACGGUAUACUCAAUCUGUGCGAGGAUAACUCGCAAAAGGAGCUCUUCCUUCCUGCUGAAUGGCAGAGAAUAACCGAGAAACACGGUCCCGUAUUUAAACUGAACCAUCCUUUGUUGACAUCCAAAGUUAUUGCAAAGAUUGAUGAUGUGGAAAAGUUAGCCAAGAGCAACUUCGAUGGUGCCAAAAAGAAGGUGCAGAAAAUCAGCAGCACCACCCAUAAGAUGUGGUAUUUCCAUACCUCCUAUAAUAUAUAAAAACGAAUUAGACACACUUUCAAGCAUUUGACUCGUUAUUAUGAUCAUAGAAUCAUAAU